CGCACGCAAGCCGAGGCCGAGCCGGAUCGCCCCGCGCCCGUGGUCGACCCUGCGCACGCCCGAGACCCGCUAUGCGGGCAAAACCCCUUGAAGAACCCUACCGCAACCUUUUCCCCAUCACCUAUCGUCCACACGCCUCUGUCCGGUGUUUUGGAUCUCACCGGAGGAGCUCGCAGCCGUCGUCUUUCACCACUCGUUUGCGCCGCCCGCACCAGGACGACGCCGCCACCGACGCCCGACUUUGCCGGAGCACGCCGGAGUUCAGGAGCUCGCCACCGCCGCUCAAGGGAGCCCCGUCGCCGUUGAACACCACCACUACGUCCACCACUCGUCACCGCACCUGUCCGUCCCCUCACUUUCACCGGGGAGCCACCGGAGAGCCGCCGCCGUCGACGCCCGAACCGCCGCCGCCGUCCCCUGUUCGGAUUGUCCGGAGUGCGACACGAACUAUUGUCAGGAGUGUGACUUUCUGAACCAGAACCAAG